GCGUCCGAACCCCCCGCGGUUUUCCACCACCUGCUUUCCCCGCCCGUGCCAGGCCGGAUGGUGGGGACGGUGCCCUGUCCCUCGGGGGUGCUGGCACCUCCCGGCCGUGGGAUGAUGCCCUGCCGGCCCUCGCCGCCCAUCCAAAGGUCUCCCCGAGCCGGGAGCUGCGCCCGGAGCUCGCCCUUCCCACCCAGAUCCAGGUGAGGGGCUGAGCCCGGGGACUCGUCACCACCGGCUGCACUUUGGACGCACCGGCGGCCGUGGAAUAUUCCGAACUCGGUGCCAAAGCCGCGUCCCCGGCCUCGGUUUCCAGCUGCAGCACCGCCGAGCCCGCGGCGAUGGAGCGGCCGGCGGGGAUGGAGAAGCAGAGCCCGGUGGAUUACGGCGUCCAGAUCCGCUUCAUCAACGACCUCCAGGAGCCCCGCAGACCCCCGAAGCCGCGGGGCAAGCCCGGCUCCUACGGCGUGGCCGUGCGGGUCCAGGGCAUCGCCGGGCAGCCCUUCGUGGUCCUCAACAGCGGCGACAAGGGCGGCGACUCCUUCGGGGUGCAGAUCAAGAGCGACGGGUCCUACCCGACCCCCCCCUGGCCCUCGGGCUCCGUCAGCUCCGACUCGGACCUGCCGGAGAAUCCCUACGCGGGGCGGCAGCGCCGGCACGGCUCCUACAGCACCUCGGACGAGGAGGCUCCGGGGGGCUCCCGGCGGGACCCCCAACCCGCGGCGGGGGGCGAGGAGCUGCGGAGGACACAGUCCCACGGGGACCUGCUCAGCGCCGCCGCCGAGGAGCCCCCGGCCCGCGGCAUUCCCGGGAUUCGGCGGCAGGAGCAGCAGCGCCGGGCCCCGGCCGGCGGGAAGAGCGGCAGCGCCUCGAGCAUCGCCCCGGGGCACAAACCCGCGAGGGCCGGGGGCAAGGACCCGUCCUCGGACCCGGAGGUGGCCGGGGGGGACGUGGACACCAAGCCGCUGUCCUCGGUGGAUUCCCUGAUCAGCAAAUUCGACGGGAAGGGGCAGCAGCAGCAGCGGGGAAGGGCCGCCAGGAGGGGCCGCAUCCCCUCGGCCGAGAGGAAACGCUCCCAGAGCCUGGACGGCCGCGUGUCCCACCGGGAUGUCCCGGACACCCGCGUGUCCCACCGGGAUGUCCCGGACACCCACUUGUCCCACCGGGAUGUCCCGGACACCCACUUGUCCCACCGGGAUGUCCCGGACGCCCGCGGAACUCGCCUCCAGCCCUCGGGACCCGCCGGCAGCCGCAGCCCCCCGCGUGGAUCCGGGGGGAUGGACGGGGCAGGGAUGAAGAUCCAGCGGGGAAUUCGGGCCGUGGAGGAGCAGAGCAAAGCCCGGGCAGAGCUGCAGCUCAAAUCCACCCCGGACCUGCUGCGGGAUCAGCGGGAGGUGGCCCAGCCUGGCAGCACUGAACACCCCAAGGAGCUCAUCUACAGCAUCCUGAAGGAGGGGAGCAGUGAGAGUGAGAUCUCCCUGAAGAGGAAAACCUCCCGGCUGCUGGAGAAGAUGCAGGAGCUGGUGGUGCCCCCCAAGGAUGGGGCGUGUUCCCAACCCCAGCACAGGGAACUGGCCAGGAAGGUGGAGGAGCUGCAGGAGAAGCUUGAUGAGGAGACCAAGCUCCGCCAGAAGCUGGAGCUGCCCGGGGGCCCCGCCCGGCUCCGCGAGGCCGAAGCGGAGACCCAGCAGCUCCGGGGGGCUCUGGAGAAGAAAAACCAGGAGCUGCAGAGGAGCCAGCAGGAGCUGAAGGAGGUGAAAUCCUCCAAGGAGCAGCUGGAGAGCCGGCUGGGGGACUGCGAGGAGCAGCUCCUGGCCACGCGCCGGGAGCUCGAGCGGCUGCGCCAGAGCUCCGGAGCUUCCCCGGACGCCGAGUCCCUCUACAAGGAGCUGCUGGAGGCCCGGGAGGAGCUGGAGGAGGCCCUGAGCUCGCGGCAGAGGCAGGAGGAGCAGCUGCGGCUGCGGGAGCGGGAGCUGACGGCGCUCAAGGGGGCCCUCAAGGAGGAGGUGGCCACCCACGACAAGGAGCUGGAGAGGGUCAGGCAGCAGUGCCAGAGCGACAUGGACCAGCUGAGGAGGAGCAUGGAGGGCAUCUCGCAGGAUAAAGCCAACCUGGAGUCGGAGAGGCAGAAGGUGGGCGCCGUGGUGAGGAACCUGCAGCGGGAGCUGGAGGAGAGCGCGGAGGAGACGGGGCACUGGAGGGAGAUGUUCCAGAAGAACAAGGAGGAGCUCAGGAACACCAAGCAGGAGCUGCUGCAGGCGAAGCUGGAGCGGGAGGAGUUCGAGGAGGAGCUGCGGGAGCUCCGGGAGCGCUUCCAGGCCGCCCGGGAAGAGGCGGAUCAGGCCCGGAGCAGCGCCGUGGAUCCCGGGGAGCUGGAGGCCCUCAGGAAGGAGCUGCGGGAGGCGCGGCAGGAACGGCAGGAACGGGAGGAGCGGCUCCGGGAACGGGAGCGGGAGCUGCUGGAGCUGAGGGGGGCCCUGAGGGACACGGAAUCCAGCCGGGCUGGGGAGCUGGAGCAGCUCCGAAGGGACCUGCAGCGGCUCCGGGAGGAGCGGGACGAGGCCGCCGAGGCAAAGGCAUCCCUGGAGAGCGCCCGGGAGGCGUCGGAGCAGGCGAGGAAGGCGGUGGAGUCCAGCCUGAGGGAGGUGCAGGAGCAGAACGACGACCUGAGGAGGAAAUUCCUGGGCCUGGAGACGAAGCUGAAGGAGUACGAGCGCCUGGGGGAGAACUGGGAGGGCUCCCAGGCGCGGCUCAAGGACAAGGUCGCCAAACUGGAGGCCGAGCGCAGGCUCGUGGAGGAGUCGCUGGGAGAGGCCACGGAGCGGGAGCAGGAGCUGCUCUUGGCCAAGAGGUCCCUGGAGACGCGGCUGGAAGAGGCCGAGAGGGGCCUGGCCCGGCUGGCCCAGGAGCAGCAGGACCUGAGCCUGUCCCUGCAGGAGGAGCAGCGGCAGAAGGAGCAGCUCAAGCGCUCCAAGAACGAGCUGGAGGAGCAGAAACGGCUCCUGGACCGAACCACCGAGAAGCUCAACAGAGAGCUGGAGCAGAUGACGGCGGAAUCCCAGAGCUCCCUGAGCUCCCUGAGGUCGCAGCUGGAGGAAUUCAAGGAGAAAUCCCGGCGGGAGAUCACGGAUUCCCAAAAGCAGGCCAAGGACCGCGGGGCCGAGGUGGAGAAGAUGCAGUUCAGCGUCGGGAGGCUGCAGGACGAGGUGUCCCGGCUGAAGCAGGCUCUGCAGGAGAGCCAGGCCGAGCGGGAGAACGUCCUGCUGGAUAAGGAGGUGCUGCUCCAGCGCCUGCACAACCUGGAGCAGGAGAUGGAUUCCCGGAAGCGCUCCCAGGACGAUCGAUCCCGGCACGUCAAGGCGCUGGAGGAGAAGUCCAAGCGGCUGGAAGUGGAGCUGGAUGAGGAGAGGAGCACGGUGGAGCUGCUGACGGAGCGGGUCAACCGGAGCAGGGACCAGAUCGACCAGCUGCGGGCGGAGCUGCUCCAGGAACGCUCCAGCCGCCAGGACCUGGAAUGUGACAAGGUGUCCCUGGAGCGGCAGAACAAGGAGCUGAAGAACCGCCUGGCCAGUUCCGAGGGGCAGCACCGGCCCAGCAGCAACGUGUCCCAGCUGGAAGCGCGGCUGGAGGAGCUGCAGGACCAGCUGCAGGCCGAGGAGAGGGAGAAGAACGUCCUGCUCUCCUCCAACCGCAAGCUGGAGAGGAAGGUGAAGGAACUCACCAUCCAGAUCGACGACGAGCGGCAGAACGUCAGCAACCAGAAGGACCAGCUGAGCCUGAGGGUGAAGGCCCUGAAGCGGCAGGUGGACGAGGCAGAGGAGGAGAUCGAGCGCUUGGAGGGGGCGCGGAAGAAGGCGCAGCGGGAGCUGGAGGAGCAGCACGAGCUCAACGAGCAGCUGCAGAACCGUGUCAAGGCGCUGGAGAAGGAGGCCUGGCGCAAAGCCGCGCGCUCGGCGGCCGCCGACUCGUCGCUGCAGGACGAGCAGCUGAGCUCGGACGAGGAGUUCGACAGCGCCUACGGCCCGUCCUCCAUCGCCUCCCUGCUCAACGAGCCCAACCUCCAGACCAGCUCCUGCUGACACGCAGGAGUGGGGCCAGUUCCCCCUUCGGAUGCUGCUGCUGCUGCUGCUCGAGGGGAAAAAAAAAACUCUUCCGAGGACAUGAAGGAAGGAGGGGUGGGAACCCCUUGGGAAUCUCCU